AACCGAGAACACAAGGAUUUUGCUAAACUGCAGAAUAGCGCUGGACGUAGGCUGUGGGUCAAGAUCAAGCAUGGAGGGAAGAAGGACGCGGUAGAGAAGAAGCUCGAGAAGGAGGAACGCGAGUUCCUCGAAGCGCUCGAGCAGGAGCAAGCGGCCGAGGAGGUCAGAGCGGCAAUGCAAACGGAGAAGGACAGCUUAGCAAGCAAGAAUCCGGAACUGCAGCAGAAGGCGGGAAGGCACAAACAGCUCAAGACGAAGCUAGAAUUGCUGUACCGCAGUUUGUUCGAGGGGUUCACUCCCGAUUAUCCGUAUGAGGACGAAGCCGAGGAGAGGGUCCGGCAAGCAGAGGACGCGAACACGAACUUCCAGACCAUUGUAAACCGUGAAUCCCAGGUUAUGACACUCCUCACCAGUGCUAAGACAUGUCUAAACAACACCACCGAUCUCCUACACACUGCCCAGGGUUGGAACUACAACAACAUGUUCGGCGGAGGACUCUUUGCGGACAUGUUCGAGAAUAACGCUUUGAUUGAUGCCAAGGCAUAUGCUUGGUAA